CUGUAGCAAGUGAGCUAGCUUUGCCCUCUGGUAUCAUGGCGUUAGCAGGAAACAUAGCGAAAGUAACUAGGUUGGGGUCGUAUAUUGGGAGAAGUCGUCGUUUAAUAUUUAACAGAAUACAAAGGCGAGGGAUUGCAGCUUGUAUCGAUCCUUCUGUCGGACUCUCAGAUGAACAGAAAGAAUUCCAAAAGGUGGCCUUUGAUUUUGCAGCCAAUGAAAUGGCACCACACAUGGCAGAGUGGGACCAAAAAGAAAUGUUCCCGGUGGAGACCAUGCGGAAGGCCGCCCAGCUGGGGUUCGGGGGGAUCUACGUGCAGCCGGACGUGGGCGGCUCCGGCCUGUCCCGACUCGACACGUCCGUCAUCUUCGAGGCCUUGUCCACCGGCUGCGUCAGCACAACCGCCUACAUCAGCAUUCACAACAUGUGUGCCUGGAUGAUUGACACAUUUGGCAACCCCGAGCAGAGGGAGAAGUACUGCCCUGAGCUCUGCUCCAUGGAUAAGUUUGCCUCCUACUGUCUGACUGAGCCCGGCAGUGGCAGCGACGCAGCUUCAUUAAUGACUACUGCACGGCUAGAGGGUGACCAUUAUGUUCUGAAUGGUUCCAAGGCUUUCAUCAGCGGGGGAGGGGACACAGACGUGUACGUGAUCAUGUGUCGGACUGGCGGAAAGGGUGCCAAGGGGAUAUCCUGCCUGGUGGUGGAGAAGGGCACAUCGGGGCUAAGCUUUGGCAAGAAGGAAAAGAAGGUAGGUUGGAACUCGCAGCCGACUCGUGCCGUCAUAUUGGAGGACUGCGCAGUGCCUGUGACCAAUCGCUUGGGCAAGGAGGGCCAGGGGUUCAAUAUCGCCAUGAAGGGCCUGAACGGGGGCCGGAUCAAUAUUGCUUCCUGUUCCCUCGGGGCGGCCCAUGCCUCCGUCCAGCUGGCGAGAGACCACCUGACGGUGCGCAAGCAGUUCGGGGAGGCGCUGUCCAAUAAUCAGUUCCUCCAGUUCAAGCUGGCGGAGAUGGCCACCAGGCUGGUGGCGUCGCGGCUGCUGGUGCGGCAGGCGGCGGUGGCCCUGCAGGAGGGCCGGCCGGACGCCGUCUCCCUCUGCUCCAUGGCCAAGCUGUUUGCCACCGAUGAGUGCUUCCAGAUCUGUAACCAGGCGCUGCAGAUGCACGGGGGCUAUGGCUAUCUCAAAGACUACGCUGUGCAGCAGUUUGUGCGGGACUGCAGAGUGCAUCAGAUACUGGAAGGCACUAAUGAAGUAAUGCGUAUGAUCAUCGCCAGGAGUCUAUUGACAGACUCAUAAGCUUUGUUCCCUGAGGUCAAUGCAGUACCUCACCUUGGGUGGACAGGGAAACGACUUGAUCUUCAGCUGCCUGGUUGGACAUUUUUGCUGAUACCACUUUGUGUGGUAGUUAUCCUGUGUCUGUGUAGCUGAGCGGCUGAUUCUCCCAGACAUCUUCAGCCUUCUGGGAAUUUACUGUAGAGAACAUGAAAAAUGUUUCUGUUGGUUCUUAUGCAUAAAUAGGUCAAUCACUACACCCAUUGAAACAUCAGCACUUAAAAAGUUAUACAUACGCAUACAAACAUAGAAAUAUUAUUUUUAUAUUAUGAAACUGGGGAAACAUUGGACGAGAAAAAGAAAUAUUCAUUGAAGUUGUCAUUUCUAUACAGCAACGGCUUAGCCUCUCAUUUUUCAUCUUGUAGAAACUGGAAGUAUUUUUUCAAGUUCAUACAAUUAACGAUAGCUUAUUCGGUCCAUAGGCUUAAACCUGAGCACAAUAAAUCAGUACUAAUGAAAGGAAAAGAAAAAUGAAAAUGAUUGUCCUGAGAAAGUGUUGUGUGUGGUAUUUAUUAAUAUUGUUUGUGGUACAGGGCAAGAUGUAAUUGCCCCAAAACCAGUCAAGCAUGUAAAGCAAGACACGCGAAUAGUGUGAACAGUCUCAUUUCAGUACAGGUGCACGCAGCACCUCUUGUGAAGGCCACCAGGGAUGCUAUCUAAGCAGGCUUUUAUGGAGGAUGUGAGAAUGGCUGGUGUGGUCUGGAACUGCUUUGGGGAAAUCAAACUUCAUUUCAGUUGUUUUUGCAAUAAAAUACAGUAAAUCUC